AUGAACGCCCGCCAAGCCCGCGACUGGCAGGACGUCAAGUCCCAGUUUCUGGACUUCUUCGCUGACGCCGUCCCGUCGCCGAUUCAAGCCAUAUUUCGGCGCAGUCGGACCGCGCCAUGUCGCACUGCCUGGCCACUAUCACGUCCCCGCUGGCUCACGACGUACAAGCACGUCUGCUUCAAGUCGAUAAGUGCGACAUGGCGCGGCCCGACUGCGCCGAAAUAUGGCUUGAAUCGGCGACGGGACGGCGUCAGCGAAGAAGUCCAGAAACUGGGACUUGACGUCCUGCCAGUCGCGGGCUUGGCGGGCGUUCAUGUUGAUGGGUCCUUGAACGACCGCGUGUAUGGUUUGGAUGAUGUGGUGCCAGAUCACUGGCAAUACUUCCAGGACGUACAAGCCGGCCCAUUUGUAGACGUCGAGUCUCAAGCCGCUCAGGAGCGCAGCUCUCAAAGGAGGGGGUAACUCCUGGAACGCCCCAGCGCCGCGGCCGAAACAGGGAACGCUCCGAUCAAGCUUCCGCCGGCCUCGCCACAGGGAGCUCCCGCAAUUGA